ACGAAUCAAUCAAACUCAUCGAGCAAAUGCAACAGUUCAGGCGUAUGAGUCAAACACGCAUCACCCCACAGAGCAAAGAUGGCGAAUGACAAGGAUCCUCUGAAGCAGUUGAAAGAUCUGACACUGCUAAAAAGUCAAUUGGAGCAGAUUCAGAGGCGAGUGGAAAGCGAGGUUUCUGAAGGAAUCCCCCAGGGAAGCUCUGUGUUAGGAUCUCCAUUUUUGAAGGGCUUUCUGGCUGGAUAUGUGGUGGCCAAGCUUCGCUCCUCAGCCAUCCUGGGAGUGCUGAUGGGAACAAUUACUGGCAUAUAUGCGGCACAGAACUAUCAAAUGCCCAACAUUGAAAAGACUGUGAAAGAUUAUAUGAACAACUUGAAAAAAGGACCAAAAUAAUGGUUUGACUGCCAAACCUCACAGUCUGUUACUGUGGCACAAGAGGGAGAUAGUGUUGCAGCUGCUGAUUUGUCAGUGGCUGUGACUGAUCAGCCUUCAAGAUUUCUUGCCAUUACUGGAAUUCUAUUUGGGACUCAAUGUUAAAAGACUGGAUUUUGUAACGUAUUAUUUUGUUUCAUGUUUACUUUUUGCUUCACAAUAUGGAACACUUUGUGCCUACAAAGUUACUUCUUUUGGUUUUGUUGCCUUAAGCAAUUAUCUUAGCUCAAUAUAUGUUUGAGUCCUUGCAAAUCUUUCCUACAUCUUUAACAUAUACAUAUAGAGUUAUACACAGAAUGGCACAUCUAAGUAUUUUAUGAUGUUUAAAUUGCUUGCGAUAAAGAGUUGCCUAUUAAAAGAUGGCCUAAAGUUGCACUAUAGUAUUUGUUAGAUAUUAAAAGCAUUUUCUUUUGCAUCA